AUGAAUGUUUUGCCAACAGCAGUACUUAUACUACAAGGGAUUUUGGAAAUCAGUGCUCAGAUUGUUACAUUCUCGUCUAACCCAGUCACAAUACCCGAGGAAGAACCAGUCGGCACGGUGGUUGCUAGAACAUAUACUAACUUUAGUGCCACAGAAUUUGAAAUUAUUGGAGGCAACUCAAACUUCAAUAUUGAAAAUGGAACUGGAAUUAUUAAAACCAUUGUAAAUAUUGACUAUGAGGCUAGUGUACCUAGUCUAUUUUAUCUUGUGGUAAGAGCUACAACUGCUUCAGUAACAGUCACAGAGACGUUGACAGUGACCAUCGCUGACGUUGAUGAGUCCCCUAUCUGUACCGACAAUGCAACAGGUAGCACCAGAUUUCCUGAAUGCUUUUACAGUUCUGGAUUCUCCAGUCGGCAGGAAUAUUUCUUCACGGUUCAUCCCAUCAGAAUCUUGCGCAUCACAAUGAGACCAGUGGGAUCCAAUGAGGAAAAAGCCAACCUUAUUCAGUCUUUUCUUUUGUCACAAACCCUCAGCUCAGAAAUCAAUCUAGCUGCUCUGCAUCAGUUCCAAGUCAAGUACAACCUCAAUGUGUCAGUUCCUGAGACCACCAUCAUUAAUGUAUUUGUUCAUCGUUUCUCUGCUUCAGACCCUGAAAGUCAAACAUUAACUUACAAUAUUCUCUCAUUGUCCACGUCUGGAACUACCACGUUCUUUACCAGUAAUUCAGUGGGUGUCAUUUCAACAAUAAGCGCUCUGGAUUAUGAAGCUGCCAACAGGACAAAGCAGUAUGAUGUGGUAAUCCGUGCGGAUGAUCCAGCGGGAAACAGCUGUACUGGCACUCUAACAAUCCACAUCACUGACGUCAAUGACGAGGAUCCAGUCAUAAGUAAUUGCCCUUCGAGUCCAGUCUUGGUGGAUGAAGAACAACCUGCCCUGACACAGGUGUUACAUUUAACAGCCACCGACAAUGAUGACAAUGAUGUUUUGACUUUCUCCUUUGUAACAACUGUAUCUCAGUUCCAAAUUAACCAAACUGGAAACGAUGCCUGGAUUACCACAAAUUCCGUGCUGGACUACGAUGAUGCUCCCAAAAGCUAUACAAUUACAGUGAUCGUCACUGACCUUGCAUCUCACCUUGCCACAUGCAUCUUGACAGUGUCUUUAAAUGCUGUUAAUGAAGUUCCUGAUUGUGAGACUCAGUUUGUAGCAGGAACUGGUCCAACAGUCACUAUUCCAGAGACUAGUGCAACGAGUGUCUCAGUCUACAAGUUAAGUGCAUCUGAUCCUGAUGGAGAUGAUUUAUUAUAUUCCAUUCUGCCGAGAUCCUCGACCAAUACCACUGCUCGAUUCAGUGUGGAUAAUUUGGGUCUCAUUUCCACAACAACUGCUUUGGAUUUUGAAAAUGGCGACACGGUUUUCUAUGCAGUGGUAUCCAUUGUUGAGAAUGUGACAGCAAGCCUCAGCUGCACUGGCACAGUGACCAUCAUAGUUAGUGACGUAGAUGAUGAAACUCCAACCAUCAGCUCCUGCCCAUCAAGCACUGUGACCAUGAAUGAAGAAGCGGCUGCAGGAACCGAACUAAUUUCUUUAUCUGCCUCUGAUGAUGAUGAUAAUGACAACCUGACUUUUAGCUUUUUGGCCAAUGAACCUGUCUUUGAAAUCAACCAAGCUGGAAACACUGCAAGAAUCUCAAACACGUUACAGCUGGAUUAUGAAAACACAUCUGUAGUUACAUUCUAUACAUUAACUGUAGUUGUCACUGACCCAGGAGGUAAUACAGCAAUAUGUAACAUGAACAUUUCAUUGAAUCCCAUCAAUGAAGCUCCUGAAUGUGUUACUAAUUCAGGUCAAAACGUGACUAUCGCUGAGACCAUCUCUACGGGAGAAUUUGUUCACAGUUUCUCCGCGUCGGAUCCUGACAAUGACGCAUUAACGUACUCUAUUCUCGGCACGUCCACAUCUGGAACUCUCACACUGUUUGCCAUUAACACGGUGGGUGUCAUUUCGACAACAAGCGCUCUGGAUUAUGAAUCUACCAGCCAGCUGAUGCGGUAUGAUGCCGUGAUUUCUGUAUCUGACCCAGCAGGUGAAACUUGUACUGGCACAGUAACCAUUCACAUUACUGACGUCAAUGAUGAAGCUCCAGUUAUAAGUAACUGCACUUCGAAUCCAGUCUCAGUGGAUGAAGAGCUUCCUGUCAUGAGUCAGGUGUUAGCUUUAACAGCGUCUGACAAUGAUGCCAAUGACAAUUUGACCUUCUCCUUCGCAACUCCUGUAUCUCAGUUCCAAAUGUAUCAAGAUGGAAAUAAUGCCUGGAUUGUCACCAAUUCCUUAUUGGACUAUGACGAUGCCUCUGCUAGCAAAAGCUACCUACUAACGAUAAUCGUCAGCGACUUGGGCUCCAACAGCGCAACAUGCAGCCUGACAGUGACCAUAAAUGCUGUUAAUGAAGCUCCUGACUGUGAGGCUCAGUUUGUAGCAGGAACAGGACCGGCUGUGACUAUUCCAGAAACCACUAUUAAUGGGGCAUCGGUCUAUAAACUAACUGCAUCUGAUCCAGACAAAGAUAUUUUACAUCUCUUCUAUGUUGAGGUUUCUAUUGAAGACAAUGCGACUACAAGCCUCAGUUGCACUGGCACAUUGACUAUCACAGUUACUGACGUCAAUGAUGAAUCUCCGACCAUCAGGUGCAGUAAUUAUCAUUACAUCCGACGUGCAAUAUGCUCCUGCCCAUCAAGCACUGUGACCAUGAAUGAAGAAGUGGCUGCAGGAACCGAACUAAUUUCUUUAUCUGCCUCUGAUGAUGAUGAUAAUGACAACCUGACUUUUAGCUUUUUGGCCAAUGAACCUGUCUUUGAAAUCAACCAAGCUGGAAACACUGCAAAAAUCUCAAACACGUUACAGCUGGAUUAUGAAAACACAUCUGUAGUUACAUUCUAUACAUUAACUGUGGUUGUCACUGACACAGGAGGUAAUACAGCAAUAUGUAACAUGAACAUUUCAUUGAAUCCCAUCAAUGAAGCUCCUGAAUGUGUUACCAAUUCAGGUCAAAACGUGACUAUCGCUGAGACCAUCUCUACGGGAGAAUUUGUUCACAGUUUCUCCGCGUCGGAUCCUGACAAUGACGCAUUAACGUACUCUAUUCUCGGCACGUCCACAUCUGGAACUCUCACGCUGUUUGCCAUUAACACGGUCGGUGUCAUUUCGACAGCAAGCGCUCUGGAUUAUGAAUCUACCAGCCAGCUGAUGCGGUAUGAUGCCGUGAUUUCUGUGUCUGACCCAGCAGGUGAAACUUGUACUGGCACAGUAACCAUUCACAUUACUGAUGUCAAUGAUGAAGCUCCAGUUAUAAGUAACUGCACUUCGAAUCCAGUCUCAGUGGAUGAAGAGAUUCCUGUCAUGAGUCAGGUGUUAGCUUUAACAGCGUCUGACAAUGAUGCCAAUGACAAUUUGACCUUCUCCUUCGCAACUCCUGUAUCUCAGUUCCAAAUGUAUCAAGAUGGAAAUAAUGCCUGGAUUGUCACCAAUUCCUUAUUGGACUAUGACGAUGCCUCUGCUAGCAAAAGCUACGAACUAACGAUAAUCGUCAGCGACUUGGGGUCCAACAGCGCAACAUGCAGUCUGACAGUGACCAUAAAUGCUGUUAAUGAAGCUCCUGACUGUGAGGCUCAGUUUGUAGCAGGAACAGGACCGGCUGUGACUAUUCCAGAAACCACUAUUAAUGGGGCAUCGGUCUAUAAACUAACUGCAUCUGAUCCAGACAAAGAUAUUUUACAUCUCUUCUAUGUUGAGGUUUCUAUUGAAGACAAUGCGACUACAAGCCUCAGUUGCACUGGCACAUUGACUAUCACAGUUACUGACGUCAAUGAUGAAUCUCCGACCAUCAGGUGCAGUAAUUAUCAUUACAUCCGACGUGCAAUAUGCUCCUGCCCAUCAAGCACUGUGACCAUGAAUGAAGAAGUGGCUGCAGGAACCGAACUAAUUUCUUUAUCUGCCUCCGAUGAUGAUGAUAAUGACAACCUGACUUUUAGCUUUUUGGCCAAUGAACCUGUCUUUGAAAUCAACCAAGCUGGAAACACUGCAAAAAUCUCAAACACGUUACAGCUGGAUUAUGAAAACACAUCUGUAGUUACAUUCUAUACAUUAACUGUGGUUGUCACUGACACAGGAGGUAAUACAGCAAUAUGUAACAUGAACAUUUCAUUGAAUCCCAUCAAUGAAGCUCCUGAAUGUGUUACCAAUUCAGGUCAAAACGUGACUAUCGCUGAGACCAUCUCUACGGGAGAAUUUGUUCACAGUUUCUCCGCGUCGGAUCCUGACAAUGACGCAUUAACGUACUCUAUUCUCGGCACGUCCACAUCUGGAACUCUCACGCUGUUUGCCAUUAACACGGUGGGUGUCAUUUCGACAGCAAGCGCUCUGGAUUAUGAAUCUACCAGCCAGCUGAUGCGGUAUGAUGCCGUGAUUUCUGUGUCUGACCCAGCAGGUGAAACUUGUACUGGCACAGUAACCAUUCACAUUACUGAUGUCAAUGAUGAAGCUCCAGUUAUAAGUAACUGCACUUCGAAUCCAGUCUCAGUGGAUGAAGAGAUUCCUGUCAUGAGUCAGGUGUUAGCUUUAACAGCGUCUGACAAUGAUGCCAAUGACAAUUUGACCUUCUCCUUCGCAACUCCUGUAUCUCAGUUCCAAAUGUAUCAAGAUGGAAAUAAUGCCUGGAUUGUCACCAAUUCCUUAUUGGACUAUGACGAUGCCUCUGCUAGCAAAAGCUACGAACUAACGAUAAUCGUCAGCGACUUGGGGUCCAACAGCGCAACAUGCAGUCUGACAGUGACCAUAAAUGCUGUUAAUGAAGCUCCUGACUGUGAGGCUCAGUUUGUAGCAGGAACAGGACCGGCUGUGACUAUUCCAGAAACCACUAUUAAUGGGGCAUCGGUCUAUAAACUAACUGCAUCUGAUCCAGACAAAGAUAUUUUACAUCUCUUCUAUGUUGAGGUUUCUAUUGAAGACAAUGCGACUACAAGCCUCAGUUGCACUGGCACAUUGACUAUCACAGUUACUGACGUCAAUGAUGAAUCUCCGACCAUCAGGUGCAGUAAUUAUCAUUACAUCCAACGUGCAAUAUGCUCCUGCCCAUCAAGCACUGUGACCAUGAAUGAAGAAGUGGCUGCAGGAACCAAACUAAUUUCUUUAUCUGCCUCUGAUGAUGAUGAUAAUGACAACCUGACUUUUAGCUUUUUGGCCAAUGAACCUGUCUUUGAAAUCAACCAAGCUGGAAACACUGCAAAAAUCUCAAACACGUUACAGCUGGAUUAUGAAAACACAUCUGUAGUUACAUUCUAUACAUUAACUGUGGUUGUCACUGACACAGGAGGUAAUACAGCAAUAUGUAACAUGAACAUUUCAUUGAAUCCCAUCAAUGAAGCUCCUGAAUGUAUUACUAAUUCAGGUCAAAACGUGACUAUCGCUGAGACCAUCUCUACGGGAGAAUUUGUUCACAGUUUCUCCGCGUCGGAUCCUGACAAUGACGCAUUAACGUACUCUAUUCUCGGCACGUCCACAUCUGGAACUCUCACACUGUUUGCCAUUAACACGGUGGGUGUCAUUUCGACAAUAAGCGCUCUGGAUUAUGAAUCUACCAGCCAGCUGAUGCGGUAUGAUGCCGUGAUUUCUGUGUCUGACCCAGCAGGUGAAACUUGUACUGGCACAGUAACCAUUCACAUUACUGACGUCAAUGAUGAAGCUCCAGUUAUAAGUAACUGCACUACAAAUCCAGUCUCAGUGGAUGAAGAGCUUCCUGUCAUGAGUCAGGUGUUAGCUUUAACAGCGUCUGACAAUGAUGCCAAUGACAAUUUGACCUUCUCCGUCGCAACUCCUGUAUCUCAGUUCCAAAUGUAUCAAGAUGGAAAUAAUGCUUGGAUUGUCACCAAUUCCUUAUUGGACUAUGACGAUGCCUCUGCUAGCAAAAGCUACGAACUAACGAUAAUCGUCAGCGACUUGGGCUCCAACAGUGCAACAUGCAGUCUGACAUUUACCAUAAAUGCUGUUAAUGAAGCUCCUGACUGUGAGGCUCAGUUGGUAGCAGGAACAGGACCGGCUGUGACUAUUCCAGAAACCACUAUUAACGGGGCAUCGGUCUAUAAGUUAACUGCAUCUGAUCCAGAUAAAGAUAUUUUACAUCUCUUCUAUGUUGAGGUUUCUAUUGAAGACAAUGCGACUACAAACCUCAGUUGCACUGGCACAUUGACUAUCACAGUUACUGACGUCAAUGAUGAAACUCCGACCAUCAGCUUCUGUCCAGUAAGUGCUUUGACCUUGGAUGAAGGAACAGCAGCUGGGACAACACUGGUCACUUUAUCAGCCUCUGAUGGUGAUGCCAAUGACAACCUGACUUUCAGCUUUAGAGCAAAUGAACCCGACUUUGAAAUCCACCAAGAUGGCGACAUUGCAGAAAUUACCAAUGCAUUCGAGUUCGACUAUGAGAAUGCCUCUGUUAUCACGUUCUAUACAUUAAGUAUAGUUGUUACAGACACGGGAGGUAAUACAGCAACGUGCAACCUGAACGUAACGUUGAAUCCCAUCAAUGAAGCUCCUGUUUGUGAAGCUAAUUUUAAAACUGCAGGCUUGACUGUCGCUAUUUCAGAGACAAGUGCUAUUGAUACCUCAGUAUAUAAAUUGACUGCAUCUGAUCCUGAUGGAAAUACCUUACAAUAUUCUCUUCUGUCGAGCUCCUCCAUCAACACCACUGCAAGAUUUAAGGUGGAUAAUUUGGGUCUCAUUUCCACAGCGACCACUUUAAAUUUUGAAAAUGGUGACACGGUUUUCUAUGCCGUGAUAUCUGUUAGUGACAAUGCGACCACAAGUCUCAGUUGCUCGGGCACAGUGACGAUCACAGUUACUGAUGAUAACGAUGAGGUUCCAACCAUCAGCUUCUGUCCAUCGAACACUUUGGCCCUAGAAGAAGAAACAGCUGCUGGGGAAACACUGGUCACUUUAUCAGCUUCUGAUGGUGAUACCAAUGACAACCUGACUUUUAGCUUUGAAGUAAAUGAACCUGACUUUGAAAUCCACCCAGGUGUUAACACUGCAAUAAUUACCAAUGCAUUCAAGAUGAACUAUGAGAAUUCCUCCGGUAUCACUUUCUAUACAUUAAACGUACGCGUUAUAGACUUGGGACAUAAUACAGCAACAUGUAACAUUAAUGUAACAUUGGUUGACAUCAAUGAAGCUCCUGUAUGUGAAGCUGCUUUAUUAGCAGGACCGUUCGUUACCAUUGCAGAGACAACAGCUGGUGCCUCAGUCUAUAAGAUAAAUGCAUAUGAUCCUGAUGCAAAUUCUUUGCAAUAUUCGAUUCUGUCAAGCUCUUCCACCAAUACCACAGCCCGAUUCAGUGUGGACAGCUUGGGUCAAAUUUCCACAGCAACCGAUUUGGAUUUUGAAAAUGGUGACACGCUUUUCUAUGCUGUGGUUUCUAUCAGGGACAAUGUGACUGGGGGCCUCAGUUGCACAGGCACAGUGACCAUCACAGUUACUGACGUAAAUGAUGAAACUCCAGUCAUCAGCUCCUGUCCAUCGAGCACUUUGCUCCUGAAUGAAGAAACAGCAGCUGGGACAACACUGGUCACUCUAUCAGCCUCCGAUGGUGAUGCCAAUGACAACCUGACUUUCAGCUUUGCAGCAAAUGUAGCGGACUUUGAAAUCUACCAAGAUUCCAACACUGCAAGAAUUACCAACUUGUUGAAGCUAGACUAUGACGAUGCCUCAAUUGUCAAAUUCUAUACAUUAAAUGUAGUGGUUACAGACCUGGGAGGCAAAACAGCAACAUGCAAUCUGAACAUAUCAUUAGUACCCAUCAAUGAAGCUCCUGUGUGUGAUGCUAAUCUUUUAUCAGGACCAACUGUUACCAUUCCAGAGAACACACUGAGUGGCAGCUUGGUGUACAAGCUGACUGCCUCAGAUCCUGAUGGAAAUUCUUUACAAUAUUCAAUUCUGCCGAGUUCCUCGACCAAUACCACCGCUCGAUUCAGUGUGGACAGUUUGGGUCAAAUUUCCACAGCAACUGCUUUGAAUUUUGAAAAUGGUGACACGGUUUUCUACGCUGUGGUUUCUAUUAAUAACAAUGUGAACACAAACCUUAGCUGCACAGGCACAGUGACUAUCACUGUUACCGAUAUAAAUGAUGAAACUCCAACUUUCAGCUCCUGUCCGUUGAGUACUUUGCUCAUGAAUGAAGAAAUGGUUGCUGGAACAACACUGUUUACUUUCUUUGCUUCAGACGGCGAUAGCGAUGACAACGUGACUUACCGCUUUGCGGUAAAUGAGACCGACUUUGAAAUUAACCAAGUUUCCAACACUGGAAUAAUUACCAACUCAUUGAAGCUAGACUACGAUAUAGCCUCAGCUGUCAGAUUCUAUACACUAAUAACAGUCAUUGAAGAUUUGGGAGGUAAUGCAGCAAUAUGUAACCUGAACGUUUCAUUAAAUCCCAUCAACGAAGCUCCUGUCUGCGAUGCCAAUUUUGAAGCAGGAACAGGGCCAUCCGUCACCAUUCCAGAAACAACUGCAAUUGGUACCUCUGUUUACAAGUUAACUGCAUCUGAUCCUGAUGGAAAUGAUUUGCUUUAUUCUAUUCUGCCAGAAUCUACACCCAACACAACCGCUCGAUUUAACGUGGAUAAUUUGGGACUCAUUUCCAUAGCAUCUGCUUUGGAUUUUGAAAUUGGCGACAUGCUAUUCUAUGCUGUGAUAUCUAUUAAUGACAGUGCAACUGCAAGCCUUGGGUGCACAGGCACAGUGACGAUCACAGUUACUGAUGUGAAUGAUGAAGUUCCAAUCAUCAGCUUCUGUCCAGCAAGUACUCUGAUCUUGAAUGAAGAAGUGGCUGCAGGAACAUUGCUGAUCACAUUAUCAGCCUCCGAUGGUGAUACCAAUGACAACCUGACUUACAGCUUUGUAGGAAAUCAACCUAACUUUGAAAUCGUCCAAGUCACUGGGUCUGCGAUAAUUACCAAUGUGUUUCAACUGGACUAUGACAAUGCUUCUGUUGACAAAUUCUACACGUUAAAUGUAGCUGUUGCAGAUCGUGGAAGUAAUACAGCAACGUGUAACCUCGAUGUGGCGUUGCAACCCAUCAAUGAAGCUCCAGUAUGUGAAGUGAAUUUUGUAGCAGGAGCAGGACCGGCUGUCACUAUUCCAGAGGACAGUCUUGUUGGUACCUCGGUUUAUAAGUUAACUGCAUCUGAUCCUGAUGGAAACAGUUUACGCUAUACCUUGCUGUCGAGUUCCUCCAUCAACACCACUGCCCGAUUCAGUGUGGAUAAUUUGGGUCAAAUUUCCACAGCCGUUGCUUUGGAUUUUGAAAAUGGAGACACGCUUUUUUAUGCUGUGGUUUCGAUCAAUGACAAUGCGACUACAAGUCUUGGGUGCUCAGGCACAGUGACAAUCACAAUUACGGACAUCAAUGAUGAAGUUCCAACCAUCAGCUCCUGUCCAUCGAGCACUAUAGCUCUUAAUGAAGAUGUGGUCGCCGGGACCACCAUAUUCACUUUAUCUGCCUUGGACAAUGACAGCAAUGAUACUUUGACUUAUAGCUUUGCAGUAAAUGAACCCGACUUUAAAAUUCAGCAAGUUGGGGACACGGCAUUACUUAUCAAUGCGUUUAAGCUGGACUAUGACAAUACCUCUGCCAUCAGAUUCUACACAUUAAAUACAGUUGUUACAGACCUGGGAGGAAAUAUAGCAACAUGUAACUUGAAUGUAUCAUUGAAUCCUGUCAAUGAAGCUCCCACAUGCAAUGUUGAUUUUGAAGCUGGAACAGCUUCUGUGGAUAUUAAUGAGACCCACGAUGUUCUGACAACCAUCUACAAAGUUGCUGCAACUGAUCCAGAUUUUGAGGACUCCUUGACAUUCGAGAUUGUAUCCCAGGUAUCUGGCCCUCUUACAGGAGGAAAUGCCUUCAGUAUCAAUCCAGCAACUGGAAUUAUUUACAGAAAUAUAUCAACGUUAAUAGAUUAUGAUUCCGGAUAUCAUGUGUUCUCAUUGGGUGUUACAGUGAAAGAUAAAGGAAACCCAGCUCCACAGAUGUCCUGUGAAGGAACUCUCAUUAUUAACAUCCUUGAUCUGAAUGAUGAAAUCCCUGUCGUGAGUUUCAGCCCUGAAAAUCCAAUAAAUUUCACAGAAGACCAACCCAUUGGAACAGAGGUGGUGCGGAUGAAUUCCACCGAUAGGGAUGCGGAUGAUGUUGCAUCUUAUAAUUUUGCUACAGCUUCCCAAGACUUUUCCAUUGAUCCAAAUACAGGGAUAUUGACUACAACGACAGUACUGGACUACGAUAACAACACAACAAUCAAAUACCAUUCACUGCAAGUGUUUGUCACAGACAAAGGGCUCAACACUGUCACAGUGACCCUGACCAUUGUGCUUCAGCCUGUCAAUGAACCACCAGUGUGCACCUCACCACAGCUGACACAAGGAACAGCCACUGUGAACAUUGAUGAGAAUUACCCAAAUCUGAAAUCAGUCUACCAGGUUACUGCUGAAGACCCAGAUGCAGGAGAUUCACUGACAUUUAGCAUUGUGUCCCAGGAAUCCAGUCCAGUUACCGGAGGCAACUUGUUCAACAUCGACCCUGACACUGGAAUUGUGUACAGAAACUCAACAGCAAUAAUAGACUAUGACCACACAUAUCAUUUUUUCACACUGAAGAUUGAAGUGAAAGAUGAUGGAAUCCCGGCUCCACAACACUCUUGCAAGGGAACUUUGACCAUCGUUGUUAAUGACUUGAAUGAUGAAGUGCCUAUAUUUACACCCAUCUCCUCGGAUACAAUAAAUGCACAAGAGGAAGUGCUCAUUGGAACUCUGCUGGGGAAGGUGGAAGCUUCUGACUUGGAUGAGAAUGACAAUCUUUAUUUUGAGUUUAUUGAUAACCAACCUCUUUUCAUUUUGGGCAACGACUCUGGCGAUAUUAUUCUCCAGAUCCGGCUGGACUACGACAGCCCCGAUGCUGCACAAGUCCACUUCUUGUCCAUCAGAGCAUAUGAUAACAAUCGGACGCACUCGUCCACGUACACACUGACAGUCUCCGUGGUCAAUGUCGAUGAAGCACCAGAAUGUGACCCUGCAUUCACUAUGGGAGCAGAUAUCAGCAUCUGCAUUCUCAUUUGUCUCCCCUUUAUAUUUCUGUACAAUGCUAUUGAUUUCAAUGGUUCAACAAGAUGA